AUGGCACAAGUGAAGUUGCUAGGUUUUUGGUAUAGCGCAUUUAGUCACAGAGUUGAGUGGGCUUUAAAGAUUAAGGGCGUCAAAUAUGAAUAUAUUGAAGAAGAUCCACAUAACAAGAGUCUUUUACUUCUUCAAUCAAACCCAAUUCACAAGAAAGUCCCAGUUCUAAUUCACAAUGGCAAGCCCAUUUGUGAGUCUAUGGUCAUUCUUGAAUACAUUGACGAGACAUUUAAAGGCCCUUCCAUUUUGCCUAAAGACCCUUAUGAUCGAGCUUUAGCUCGUUUUUGGGCUAAGUUCUUUGAUAAUAAGGUGGUAGCGGUGGUAAAUGCAUUCUUAGGCAAAGGAAAUGAGCAAGAGAAAGGUAAAGAGGAAGUUUGUGAGAUGUUGAAAGUUCUUGAGAAAGAGCUCAAGGACAAGAAGUUGUUUGUUGGUGACAAAUUUGGAUUUGUUGAUAUAGCUGCAAAUUUGGUGGGACUUUGGAUGGGAGUUUUCCAAGAAGCAUCUGGAGUUGUAUUAGCAACAAAUGAAAAUUUUCCAAAUUUUUGUGCUUGGAGAGAUGCGUAUAUUAAUUGCAGUCAAGUCAAGGAAUAUUUACCUCCAAGAAUUGAUGAGUUGCUUGCUUUUUACCAAGCUUAUAUACGCACGCAAACUGCAACUUCUGUUUCUCCUAAAAAAUAA